GGAGGAGACAGAGGAGCCUGAAGACCGCCAACACACGCAAGCUGCUGAUCGGCCCCGCCUUGCUCCGAGGGUGGACCCGAUUGGACAAAGGCUGACCUAUGCGAAUAUCCAUUGGACGAAAAUGAGGAGCAGGGGAAGGAAGGAAGCCUGGAGACCGGAGUUGGAAAGGUCUCCUUGAUGGCGGACAGUGAGGAGGGGGUGCGGCAGGACCCGAUCCCCCGGCCCGAGCAGCCCUACCAGUGCCUGGAGUGCGGCAAGGCCUUCAAGUGGUCGUCGAGAUUGGCCCACCACCAGCGCAGUCACACUGGCGAGCGGCCUUACAAGUGCUCUGAGUGCGGCAAGGCCUUCAAGGGCUCAUCGGCUCUGCUCUACCACCAGCGAGGCCACACUGGCGAGCGCCCCUACAAGUGCCAGGAGUGUGGCAAGGCCUUCAAGCGGUCCUCGCUGCUGGCAGUCCAUCAAAGUGUGCACACGGGGCUGCGGGCAUUCCAGUGCACCCUGUGCCCGCUGGCUUUCAAGUGGUCCUCUCACUACCAGUACCACCUCCGCCAGCACUCUGGGGAGCGGCCCUAUGCCUGCGGCGAAUGCGGCAAGGCCUUCAAGAACUCGUCCAGCCUCUCCCGGCACCGGCAUGUCCACACCGGUGAAAGGCCUUACCCCUGCCCGCUCUGCGGCAAGGCCUUCGCCCAGUCUGCCAACCUUCGUCAGCAUCAGCGCACUCAUACCGGCGAGCGGCCGUACCGCUGCCCUGACUGCGGUCGAGCCUUCACUCACUCCUCCAACCUCCUGCUCCACCGUCGCACUCACUCGUCUCAGCGGGCUCAAUCACCUCCCCGGCGGACCCAACCCCGCAUCUUCCCUGCACCUCCCCCUCCUGCUCACCCCACUCCAGCUGACCCGUCCACCCCCAUUUCACCUCCCCAUCCUCCACCUUCUGCUGCAGGAGAGGACCAGCUCUCUCUUGUCCCGACGUGUUCUCCGGAAGGGGGCCGGACCCUCGAGGAGGAAGAUGUUGGGGCAGAAGAGGGGGAUGAGGGAGAGGAGGGGGGAGCGUCGGCCCCCUAUCAGUGUGGGCUUUGCGAACGGGCGUUCUCCCGGCUUCCUGCCCUCCUGGCCCACCAGCGGGUGCACACCGGUGAGCCCCCUUUGGCUGGAGCUGAGGCUGAGGUGACCUGCACUGCCUACCUCCCUUCCUCCUCCUCCUCCUCCGCCGCCGAUGAGACCACCACCUCAGCUCCCCCACAGCCACAGCCCCCUUCCUCUGGUGAGCGGCCCUAUAAGUGCCCCGAGUGCGGCAAGGCGUUCCGGGGUUCUUCGGGCCUGCGUUAUCACCUAAGGGGCCACACUGGCGAGCGUCCCUAUGAGUGUCAGGAGUGUGGCAAGGCCUUCAAGCGGUCCUCGCUGCUGGCAGUCCACCAACGGGUACACACGGGGCUGCGGGCAUUCCAGUGCACCCUGUGCCCGCUGGCUUUCAAGUGGUCCUCUCACUACCAGUACCACCUCCGCCAGCACUCUGGGGAGCGGCCCUAUGCCUGCGGCGAAUGCGGCAAGGCCUUCAAGAACUCGUCCAGCCUCUCCCGGCACCGGCAUGUCCACACCGGUGAAAGGCCUUACCCCUGCCGGCUCUGCGGCAAGGCCUUCGCCCAGUCCUCUAACCUUCGUCAACAUCAGCGCACUCAUACCGGCGAGCGGCCGUACCGCUGCCCUGACUGCGGUCGAGCCUUCACUCACUCCUCCAACCUCCUGCUCCACCGUCGCACUCACUCCGCCGAGCGUCCUUACGUCUGCGGUGCCUGCGGCAAGUCCUUUGUCAUGGCUUCCUAUCUUCAGCGCCAUCUCCGCACCCAUGCCCCUGGACCGCCGGCAGUGGCCAGUGGUUCUGCUGCUGCCGCAUCUGUCGAACCAGCCGCACAGGCCCUGCCUAACAUCCAGACCCUGCAGACAAUCCAGACGCUGCAGGGGGUGCCAGCUGUGCAGAUCAUCCACACCGUACAGGCCCUCCCCACCAUCCAGCUAGUGCAGACAUUCUGAGAAGUGGGCUCACCCCCCUACCCUCAGGAAUCAUCCCUUUGCCAGUGCUCUGCUUCAGAUCUGUCGAGAGAUGUUGUAUUGCCUGGCGUCUGUUACCAGGAAAUGCUUUGGAGAUGUGCAGGUUGUUCAAACCAAAAGAUUCAUCUUGGAAUUGGUGGGUUUCUACCACCGAGAAGAGCUUUGGAGCUAUCUGGAUAUUGUAGUGACUUGUCUCUACCACUAGGAGCACUGUGACAGUGCUUCAUUGUUGCAUUCACCAACAGGAGAUGCAUUCCAUCCCCAGUGGGCUUCAAUGCAGUCAGCUUUGGUUUAUGUUGCUUGGCUUCCACCAUCUAGAAGCAUUUUGGAGACGUAUGGUUGCAAUGGCCUUUUUGAAACACUGGAAGUCACCACUGGAGUCAUCUGUGGAUUGUAUUCAUGGAUUUCCACCUCCAGAAGGGCCUUUGGAGCUGUCUUGACAUUGCAGUGACUUUCCCCAGUGAGAGGGUAUGGCAGAGAUGAUUCAAUGCUGCACUGCCUAGCAUCUGGCACCAGGGGGCACUUUGGAGCCAUCUGGGUGUUGAGAGUCCUGUUUCCACCACCAGAGGGCUCUUCAGGGUUUCCCCUUCAACCAUUCUUUGGAGUCUUCUUGGCAUUGUACUGACUUGAAUUCACAGUUGCAGGAAGGAAUGGAGGCACUUGGGUGUUGCAUUGCUGAACUUUAUUACCAGGAGCUGGCGGGGAUGCUAAGGGACAACUUUUGACGUUGCAGUGAUCUGUUUCCAGCAUUGGGGGUUCAGUGGACUCUUUGGGGGGUGGGGGGUGGAGCGCUGUUUGCACACACUGCCCAGCGAGGCAGUGCAGAGCCAUGCCAUCCUUUGCAGAGACCCAGGUUUGCAUUGCUGGCGAGGGAGGAGGGUGAAGUUUUUCUUCUGGCCCCUGUUGCCAGGAUGUGACCCAUUUGUGCUGGCAGGAUGGAGCUGUGGAGUUUGUCUUGAUGCAUUGACCAGCCUUUUACUGCCAGGGUAGCAGUGUGGGGCAAAGUGGUGGACUGCUGCAGUAACCCUGGCAGGGGGAGCUGUUUGCUGGGCGACAGCGCACCGUUUUCCCCACCAGGAGUCAUUGUGGUGGGGGUGGGAAGGAGGCAUGCUGGGUGCAAAAUUUAAGGAAUGUGCUCCGGACAGUGGAUGUGCUCUCUGUGUGUGUAUAUAUUACUGUGUAUAUAUGUAUAUAUAAUAUGAGUGUGUAAAUUUACUAAUUUGAUCCUGUAUAUGUGUGUAAAAAGAAACAGCAAAUUAACGACACAACCGUGUGGGUCCCAGAAUUGGCAUGGGGUGGUUCACUUGGAGGGAAUGCGGGAGGAAAGCACCAGGCUGUGACGGGAGAUCUGGCCUCAUCUUCCUAUAGCUCCUGUGGCGAUAAAGCAAGCGCCCUUGUGCACACUGGGCCCUUCCUCAUGUCUCAUAAUUUAAUAUCUGUAAAAAUAUACUAAGUUUAACACUAGGUACGCAAAAUGAUUCCUUGAACUGGUGUUAAUAAAUAUUCUGCAUGUGA